ACUCAAGUUUCUUUCCCAUGUCGAUGCCGCUUCCUGUGCUAUUUAGUCAAAUUCGUUGGGUCCUGGAAGGCUCACAAGGCGCUCCUUCAUUGCUCGAACUUAUCGGUACAAUAGACGAAUUUGUUCAUGCAGUGGAUCCGGACUCUGUACCGUCAGCGGACAUUGAAGAAGAACUACAGACUAUCCAUCGGGAUGUCGCGGGCCACCCCUCUCCACGCCAAGCCGAGGGAUUUCUAGCUGUUCUGUAUCAUCUUCGACCACUUCUCUCUUCGGCAUCUGUCAUUUUACUGUGGUUCGACCUCAUCUUGCGUCCGGCACUCCGCGAACCAAAGUUGUCUACUAAUGCCAUUAAUAAUGCUACGGACCUAAUCGUAUCUGCCCUCAGAAACGAUGAUAAUACCCAUCAGCAGAAGUCUGAUGAUUUCAGGCAGCGUAUUGUUGAUUAUUACCUCCUUGACGCGUUCAAUGAAGGGUCAGGGGACGAUAUGAUACUGUGGGCCGAGUUGGACGAGUCAGAAAAGGAACGGCAGAAGUGUUGGAAGACCAACUUGGAGAAUAUUCUGCUUAAAUACGGAACUCAAUGUCCUGAGGAACUAAUGACCGAGCUGCAUGGGCAGUUCGUCAACCCAUCGUCUCGUCUGCAGAUCCUCAUUUUGCUCAAUUUAUUCACUUCUUCCCCCGGAUUUCGCGACUCUGCAUCCAUUCUUGCAACACAUCCACUAACAUCUAGGGUAAUGACAUCGUUAUUGAUCGAUAAUUCUACAACUGUCUGCAGCGUUGGGCUGACACUUCUGGUCAAACUACUUCCCCUUCUUGCCGUUCAUGCUUGCGAAAAGUUAAAGGAGAUGGUCCCACAAUUACUGCUUGUCCUCUCCAGAAUUAUAUGCUGGAAGGAGCGGGUCUCCAUUGUUGAUGAAUCUAAUGGUUCUCAUAUGGACAUCCCAAGGGAUUUCUUCAAUGCCUUUCCCUCCCACGAAAUACGUCCGGAACUCCAUUGGGAGCGCCUUGAAUCGACAUUCGAUGCAGCGGCAGCCCCGGGACCCUCUCCCCGCCGAUUCUUCACUUUUCUUUACUACCUUUUCCCUUGUAAUGUCCUCAGGUUCUUGCGCGCGCCAUUAGCUUAUCUCAAUGACUGUCAUCCGGAGUCUCCCUACACCGUAGGAUGGGAUACCGUGAUUGACGAAAACGAGUUGAAAGGAAAAGCGGAGAAACUCCUCAGGGAACAUCAAUGUCAUCCGCUCAUAAUAUGGCGAGAUGCUAAAGAUGAACUAAAUCUUCCGGACUUUUGGGCGGAAUACGACGUAUCUCGGAUCGUGAGCGAGGCUGCCAUGUUGGAUGUUAAUAACAUGGCGCUUUCUAUUCGUGCGAAGCUCGACGAGACCAAUGCUACCGCAACAUAUACACCCUCGGAAGCGAGUGUGGAGGAUACUCCAGCUGCUACCUUGCACCAUAUUGACCUAUCAUCCAGAGUCGCCAAAAUAUCGUUGCAAGACAUGAUCGCGACUUCUGUAGCGUUGAAAUCCAGUCUAGAUGUAAACAUUACAGCACCGACAUCUCAGUGGCCUGGUGCUCUGUUUGCCUCGUCGGGCGCAUCUUCUACCAAGAAUGGCAGCUCCCCGAGGCCCGAGAGUGUAGGAUCAAAAAGCAGUGACGAAAUCCCAUCCCAUAUUGUUCAGGCCAUUUCUGCCCUCCAGCGCGAGCUCGUUCUGUUAAAGAAUGAGCUCAACUUUGAGCUAUGGCUUUCGAGGGAAAACGUGCAGCACGUAGGUCGAUUAUACCAAGAGCGGAUUCUUUCCAAAAACGUCGAAGUCGAGAGACAAGGAUUGUACAACAAGCUGCGUAACUAUCGCACGCAAGUUAUAGGCCUGGAAAGCGAACUACGGGAACACAAGGAGCAGGCAUAUUCUGCCAAAAACAAGUAUGCAGAGUGGAACACGGAGCUCCAGGGAAAACUUCGAGAAUUGCGGGAUGAAAAGAAAAGGUGGACUAUGGAGGCUGCCGCUUUGCGGACGGAAGCAAAGGAAGCCAAGGCUCAAUUCGCAGCCCAGGGUGAGCUACUGGACAGUGCGACGAAAGAGCUGUUCAUGCUUCAAACACAAAAGAAGGAAAACCAACAUAAAAUUGACCGGUUAAGGGACUAUGAGAAGCAGAUACAGCAGCAUCUCAAGAUGCAACAGCUCUGGGACGCGGACUUUUAUAUGUUCAAUCAAAAAGAGGAGGAAAUGACGAUGCUGCGAAGCGAGUACAAGCAGAUGGAUCUUCGUCUUCAGAGUUAUGAGAAGAACCUUGCAGAGCUUGAGGAGCAGAACAGAAAUUACCGACGCCAAGUGCAAACACUCGAGGCACGCAUAGCAGAAGCCAACCGCACGCGUAAUGGAGCACAGGAAUCCUCCAUGCUGUCCAUGAUGGCGUCUGAUAAAAAGCUGUUGACCGCGGUUAAUAGGGAUUUGCGUGAGAAGAACUCGGAGCUGAUGGAAGAAAAGGAGGAGCUCAAGGCCAUGGUGGAAGUGUUGAAGAAUGAGGUGGGCGGGAGACGGGGUUUAGUUAAUGACCCCCGCGCUAGCCCGUUGUCGUCUUCAUUUUUGUACGGACAAGGAGUGAUAUGAUUAGUACCUUAUGUUCUCUUCAACAGCCCGUGGAAGAAAGUAG